ACAUCCUUUACUCUUUCAUGGGCCACCUACCUGUUAGCUCGGCACCCUCAUAUACAGCAGCAAAUCUUUGCGGAAGUGACAAGGACCCUGGGACCUGGCACAGUUGCCACAGCAGAAGAUGUCCCUCGUCUGCCUCUCAUCAGAGGGCUGGUCAAAGAGACACUCAGGUUUUUUUCCAGUUCUCCCUGGCAACGGACGGAUAACCCAGGAUGACCUGGUGGUGGGCGGAUACUUAAUCCCCAAAGGGAUUCAGCUGGCCCUUUGUCACUACUCCACAUCUUUGGAAGAAGAAAACUUUGGUGAUGCUUCAGACUUCAGACCCGAUCGCUGGAUACGGAAAGAUUCCAUAAAUCGUGUCGACAACUUUGGCUCAAUUCCCUUUGGCUACGGCAUCAGGAGCUGCAUCGGCAAGAGAGUAGCAGAGUUAGAGAUGCAUCUAGCUCUCACAAGGCUCAUUCAAAAGUUCCACAUUGGCGUGUCUCCGCUUACUACUGAUGUCAAGGCCAAAACCCACGGCCUGCUCUGCCCUGCUACCCCCAUCCACCUGCAGUUCAUCGACAGGGAAAACUAGACUCAGACUCCUCUCCAUAAUGUUUACUACGCUUUGAUCUUAAAGCGAUGAUUCUAUACUAGUUUUUUUUUUUUUAAAUACACUGCCUUUAGUUCACCUUUCACUGUUAGAUUGCAGAUACCAAGCUAAGACCGAGGAUUUACUCAGGCAAGAAUGUGUCUCACCUUUUCCUGUUUGUUAGUAAGGAGGACUCUUAUCCUACAUCAAUAAAUUAACGCAGAUUGAACUUAAGUUAAAGUUAAGUUAAGUGGUGGGACAAAUUCUCGCCUAGGUCUUUUUGUGUAUUUCCGAGUAUCCAUAGCCCCUCAAAAAUACGAUUGUGCAGCAGAAAAAUAAUAAUCUUUAAAAAAACAAUAGUUUCCUUGCACUUUCAGUGAUGAAUAGUUUGUAUGUAUUGCUCCAUUUCAUUCAGAAAAACUUUAAAUAAAG